AUGACAGAUAUAGAUCACUCGGUAAGUAGGAAAGUCAAGGAUAUCGGUGCUGGGUUCAUUGGUGGCGCCACGCAAGUGCUCAUUGGCCAGCCGGCAGACUUGGUGAAAAUUAGAUUGCAAACUUCGUCAACUCCAUUAACGUCGACCCAAAUCAUCAAACAAGUUUUCGCCAAUGAAGGCGCCCUUGCCUUCUACAAGGGAACGUUACCCCCCUUGAUCGGAGUAGGGGCCUGUGUUUCGUUGCAAUUCUACGGGUUCCACGAAUCAAAAAGACAAAUCCUUAAAUAUACAAAACAAAACUCGUUGAAUCUAUGGCCGCAAACCUAUUUGGCCGGGGCAAUGGCCGGUUUGGUCAACACCCCAAUCACCGCCCCGGUUGAGCAGUUGAGAAUCUUGAGUCAGAGCUCGUCCAAGCCAACCAGCUUGCGCUCCACCGUUCAGGCCAUUUGGCACCACCAGGGCCUUAAGGGCGUGUACCGGGGUUUCAACAUCACCCUCCUAAGAGAAGUGCAAGCCUACGGGAUCUGGUUCUUGACCUAUGAAACCUUGAUCGGGAAGAUCCAACAGUACAAUAACUAUACUUCAAGAGACCAAAUCUCCACUCCGGAGUUGUUGCUCUCGGGGGCCUUGGCCGGGAAUGCGCUCUGGUUGAGCUCCUACCCCUUGGACGUCAUCAAAAGUAACAUCCAAAGCGAUGGGUUUGGCAGCCAGUCUCGUUUCAACGGCCACAUCUGGUCCACGGCAAAGACCAUCUACAAGCUCAACGGGGCCGCCGGGUUCUGGAAAGGUAUUGUUCCCUGCUUACUCAGAGCCAUUCCCUGCAGUGCCGGGACCUUUGCUUCCGUCGAACUAGCCCUCAGACUAAUGGGUUAA